AUGAUGACGGCUAAAACUCUGGAGAAAGUGCCGCUGAGCCUGGGGGGGUUCAUGCACCCCGCGGCGGACGGUGUCUUCUCCAUGGACGAGAUCGCGACCAGCCUGCCAACAUCUGUCACCAUCUUCCCCAGCGCCGAACUGGGAGCGCAUUACGAGCACAGCGUGGCGGCAGAUGGCCUGAUGGGAGCCGACAUGAGCGCAGACAGGCGCGUGGACCUCUCCUCCUACUCCAGCGGCUUCUCCCAGCCCGCCCCCCAUCGGAACCAGACCUUCACCUACAUGGGGAAGUUCUCCAUCGACUCCCAGUAUCCCGGGAACUGGAACCCCGAGGGGGUCAUCAACAUCGUCUCGGGCAUCUUUAACGUGGCCCAGCCGCCUCCUCUUCCUCCUCCCUCCUCCUCAGCCUCCUCCUCCCCGGCUUCAUCGGGGUCUCCUCAUCACUUCUCCAGUGGAGGUCUGAGCUGCACCAUGGCGGCGCAGAGCCAGCCCGACAUGGACCACCACCACCUGUACUCCCCCCCGCCUCCCUACUCCUCCUCCAGCUGCGGGGAGGUGUACCAGGAUCCCUCGGCGUUCCUGUCCACCUCCUCCUACCCGCCUCCCUCCUACUCCUCCCCCAAGCAGCCCAGCUCAGACCCCCCCGGGCUUUUCCCCAUCAUCCCCGACUACUCGGGCUUCUUCCCGCCCGCUUGCCAGCGGGACAUGCACACCGCGGCGAUCCAAGACCGGAAGCCGUUCGUCCCGUGCCCGCUGGACACGUUCCGGGUGCCCCCACCCCUGACCCCACUGAACACUAUCAGGAACUUUACGCUGGGGGGUCCGGGGGGCGGCCCGGAUGCGGGUCAGCCGAGGCUCCCGUCAGCCUACAGCCCGCAGAACCUGCCUCUGCGGCCCAUCCUGCGCCCGCGGAAGUACCCGAACCGUCCCAGCAAGACGCCCGUGCACGAGCGGCCGUACCCGUGCCCGGCGGAGGGCUGCGACCGGAGGUUCUCGCGCUCGGACGAACUGACCCGGCACAUCCGGAUCCACACGGGACACAAGCCCUUCCAGUGCCGCAUCUGCAUGCGCAACUUCAGCCGCAGCGACCACCUCACCACGCACAUCCGCACGCACACGGGCGAGAAGCCGUUCGCCUGCGACUUCUGCGGCCGCAAGUUCGCGCGCAGCGACGAGCGGAAGCGGCACACUAAGAUCCACCUGAGACAGAAGGACCGGAAGUCCUCCACCGUGUCCUCCUCCUCCUCCUCCUCCUCCUCCUCCGGCUCCUCCGCGCUGGAGCGGCCCGGAGCCGGAAUCUGCUCCUAGGUUCGGGUGGCCCGAACACCGCGGGCUGGGACGGACCGGGACUUUAGUGCAGCGGCCCAGAACUCUCCUGAAUGCACUUUGCCUCCUGACCAAUUAACUAUCCAUAAUCUGAUCUAAUCUGGAGGUUUGGAUUAUUCUAAAUAA